UCUCUGCACAUUGCUGAACGUUAGUGCAUGCAUUCAUUCCUGAGCAGCAGAGGUUUUCAUUCGAUCCUGGCCGCUAUACCUGAAGAGCGCGACAUAAGAGGGACCUGGCAAUGAUCUCACUGGACUUCAAUUUUCAUGUUUUGACAAGGGACCUGUCACUUUAUCUGGAAAAUCAAGUGAAAGUUGGCCUUUUUGGAUCUGGAAUACUGUCACUGGUGCUCGGCUUCAGCGCAGCUUAUGCCUACUACUACUUGAUCUCUGUCGCGAAGAAGCCCCAACUGAUUUCUGGUGGAAAGAAGUUCUACCAGUUCCUGCGGGACCAAUGUCCCGUGGUGUCAGAGAUCUACUACCCCACCUUCUGGUGCUGGGAGAGCCGGAUCCAGACGGUGCUUAGGCCCUUCGUCACGGCUAAACCGGGGGUCAGCUACAGAAAUGAGCUCAUUAGAGCAGAAGAUGGAGGACAGAUCUCUCUGGAUUGGUUCGACAACGAUGACAGCGCCUCCCACCCCAACGCGGCCACACGGCCCACCGUCCUGCUGCUUCCAGGCCUGACCGGUACCAGCAGAGAGUCCUACAUCCUCCACAUGGUGCAGCAGAGCAGGGAUCUGGGUUAUAGGUGUGCGGUAUUCAACAACAGAGGGGUGUCUGGUGAAACUCUCUUGACUCCCAGAACAUAUUGUGCUGCCAACACAGAGGACCUGGAGGCGGUCAUCGAACACAUCCAGAGGACAAAUAAGGACGCCCCUCUCAUGGCUGCUGGGGUCUCCAUGGGCGGGAUGAUGCUGGCGAACUACCUGGGGAGGAAGGGCAGAGAGACGUGUCUGAAAGGUGUGGUUGUGUUCUCGGCAGGCUGGGAUGUGUUUGAGUGCACAGCGUCAUUGGAGAAGCCUCUGGAUCGCUUUCUCUUCAACUCCUAUCUCACCAGCUGCCUGCAGGCGGGCGUGGACAGACACAAAUCUGUGCUUGAGAAGAGUUACGACAUUGAUCAUGUGAUGAAGGCCAAGACCCUCCGUGAGUUUGAUGAGAGGUUCACGUCUAUAAUGUUUGGCUACCCCACCAAUGAUGACUACUACCAUGAUGCCAGUCCCAUCCACAGGCUCAAGUCUGUGCAGGUGCCCAUGUUGUGUCUAAACGCUGCAGACGACGUCUUCUCUCCCAGUCAUGCCAUUCCAGUGGAGGCGGUGAAGCAGAACCCUAACCUAGCCCUCCUCAUCACCUGCCACGGUGGCCAUAUUGGUUUCCUGGAGGGCCUGUGGCCCCGACAGAGCACCUACAUGGACCGCGUGUUUAAGCAGUUUGCCAAGGCCGUCAUAGAACAGGGUGGCGACCUCAAUGACCUUUCCAGCUAGUACGACAUUCCUUUUCUCCCUCUCUCUCUUUCUUUAAUUUCUUUCCUCCUCCCCCCAAUCCUUCUCCCUCCCUCUCUCACUACAAGCAAAAAAAGCAUUAUUUAUUUUGAAGGGCACAUCCUGUCACAACACAGCAGUCGUCCGUCAACUCAUGUAUUCCUUCAUACAUUCAUUAAUUCAAUGUAUGUAGCCAUGAAUUCAUAUCAUGCUUAUUUUAAAAAGAUGAGUAUGUUCACACUAGUAUCUUCAAAUAUGAAUAAUUUCAGCUGUCUUUCUCCAUCCGUCAGUGUUCUCAACAAAAACUCUGUAUCAAUAGGAUUUUAGUCCUCAGGGAUUUUAUUUCUUUUUUACAUAGUGUCUGUCUGUCUGUCUGUUAUGAAUGUGAAUAGUUUAUGUAAAAAAAUGUUUAGUCCAUUCAACAACAACAAAAUACCUAACCUAAUCUUUCGUGACAGCUAGCUGCUAUAGUAGCGUGAGAUUUAGUUCUGGGUUCCGAGGUGAUACCUUUUAAUUUACCUCAACAGAUCACAGUAUUUAUGUUCUCUUGAAUUGUUCUGCAUGCACUUUCAUUCACACAUUCUACGUACACACACAAAAUAGCUCUAACAAUGUAAUGUUAUGGAGAUAACUCAUUAUUAGUUAUAAGGAAUGUGAAUUUGCACUAUUUUAGUUUGAACAAGCCAUGCCUCUAAUUCCUUCCUGCAAACGCACUUGAUUUCAAUAGUUUUCCUAUGUAAAUAAGUAUACCCAAAAGGCCUAAUAAAUUAAUAUGCAAAUACCACAUGGAUGUUAUUGUUUGUCCUGAUGUUGAGGACACAGCUAAGUAUUAGUUACUUUGUGGGCCAGUAUUACAGUAUUUUACCGUACUUGUAGGGUAUUUGCUGAGCAUAUCAACCUGAUGCAUAUAUCAUCAAUUCAGCUGGGUUGCCAGUUUGGUUCUGCUUAAUCAAAACAAUGAUAAAGGAGUUAGCAAAAGUAGCACCAAAUUUGGCAACUAGGUCAUCAUCAUUGGGGUGGCAGGGUAGCCUAGUGGUUAGAGCGUUGGACUAGUAACCGGAAGGUUGCAAGUUCAAACCCCCGAGCCGACAAGGUACAAAUCUGUCGUUCUGCCCCUGAACAGGCAGUUAACCCACUGUUCCUAGGCCGUUAUUGAAAAUAAGAAUUUGUUCUUAACUGACUUGCCUGGUUAAAUAAAGGUAAAAUUAAAAAUCAGUGCAGAUGGGUUGCCAGUCUGGUUCUGUUUCAUUAAACAAUGGUAAAGGAGUUGGUUACCAUAAAGGAGUAAGCAAAGUUGCACCAAAUCUGACAACUAGGCUAUCAUCAAUGCAGCUGGGUUGCCUGUUUGGUUCUACUUCAGCAAACAAUGACAAAGGAGUUGUUUACUAUAAAGACGUAGCAAAAGUUACACCAGAUCUGGCAACCCGGCUAUUAUGAAUGCAGCUGGGUUGCCUGUUUGGUUCUACUUCAGCAAACAAUGAUAAAGCACUUGUUUACAUCAAAGGAGUUAGCAAAAGUAGCACCAGAUAUGGCAACCGGACUGUCACCAAUGCACUGCUUCAGACAUUGCCUGUGUACAAAAUGGCACCCUAUUCAAUAUAUAGUGCACUACCUUUGGCCAGAACCUCAUGGACCCUGGGCAAAAGUAAUGUAGGGAAUGGGGUCUCAUUUCAUAUGCACCUAUGACUUUGUUCCUGUGGAAUUUGUAUGUUUCUCUAUUUUGCCCCGUGGCCAUUAAGUAGCAUGCAUGUGUCUCAUCGUUAUGACGUCAACCCGUUCUGAAAUUUAUGACUAAUACCAACACUACAUCGUAAUCAGUAGCACAAAGGACAUGUUUUGUCUGUCAUUAUAUAUACAGUAUAUAUAUAUAUAUAUAUAUAUAUAUAUACAAUAUUAGGUUUAAUUUUAUAUACAAAACAAUCAAUUCUAUUUACAUUCGCAGCAAAAAGAUAUGCACGUAUUAGUAUGAAGUGUGUUAUGCUGCAUUUAAUAAAUUAUUAAAAUGGAACAUUG